AUGGUCAAGGUCAAGAGCCACACCACAGACAACCAAUCCUCAGAAUGGCACAGAAAUAGUAUCAAGAAGCCCUGUUUGCAAAGACAGGAAUCUCUUAUGGCAAUAGAUCCCAUUUUCCUGUAUGCAUUUUCCUAUAAGUACAACACCCAGGCCCUGAAGAUGAUGCAGGUCAAGCCCCAAGGCCAUGAGUGCACCUGCAAGUGCUGUCAACACUGUCUUCACAUCCAAGGAGCUCAAGCCCAACAUCCCCAAGGCUAUCAGCUGCAAGCCCAGUUGAGCUGUCUACAUGGCCCACCCUCGGGAAGCAUGCUGUGCCUGCACCGCCCAAGAGUCGCAGGUUCCGCUGGCCAGAGACUGUGGCCAAAUACUCAGGCCCAGGUCCAAGGCCCAAGCAGCCACUAUGAAUCUAGCUCCAGCUCAGGUACCCAGUAG